CCUCCCUGGGUGGAAUCAGUCAAGCCUCAAGAGAAGUCUGUGACUGCCACGCCGGUGCUGCCAGGGCAAACGUGUGCCAGGAAUUGAUGCAGGUCCCUUCAUCCCGUCCCCUCCCUGUUGCCGGUAGUGACCGGGCUGAGGGCGUGCCCUGCCCCUCUUUGGGCGACAUGCUGCUGUGGACGGCUCUGCUCUUCUUGGGUCCAGUUGUGGGGACACCUGCCCUCCCGAAGGCUGUGGUGGCCCUUGAGCCCCCGUGGAUCCACGUGCUCCAGGAGGACAAUGUGACGCUCAAGUGCCAGGGAGGCCACGCAGCUGGGGACCCCUCCACCCGGUGGUUCCACAACGGCAGCGCCAUCCCGGCGCAGGGCCGGCCCAGCUACAGCUUUCAGGCCAGCAAGGAGGACAGAGGCGAGUACACGUGCCAGACGGACCAGACCAGCCUCAGCGACCCCGUGUAUCUGGACGUGAUUUCCGACUGGCUGGUGAUCCAGACCCCUCGCCUGGUGUUCCAGAAGGGGGAGCCCAUCGUCCUGAGGUGCCACGGCUGGAGGAACAGGCGUCUGUACAAGAUCACGUUCUUCCAGAAUGGGAAAUCCAAGCAGUUUUCCUCGAUGAAUUCCACCUUCUCCAUCCCACGGGCAAACGUCAGCCACAGUGGCAAGUACCACUGCACAGGGCUAAUAUGGCCGUUGAUGCGGACGUCACAGUCUGUGGCCAUCACCGUGCAAGAGUCCAGUUGGAGUGACUCCUCAGUGACAGUGGUGAUUGUGGCUGUGGUUGUGGGCACUGUCGCCGUGGCCGUCCUCGCUGCCGUCGUGGCCUGGCUCCGCCGCAGGCAGAAGCAGACUUCAGCCAAUCUCACCAAUGAUGAAGACGCAGCCAAAAUUGAGGCUGAGAAUGCCAUCACCUAUUCCCUUCUCUUGCACCCGGAAGCCAUAGAGGAAGAGGCAGAGGAGCCGGAUUACCAGAACCACAUUUAAUCUCCAUCAUCUUGCCUGAGACCUGGGGAAGAGAAUCAGAGGGGCCAGGGCGCCUGGCCUGAACUCCCCUUAGGAAGGACAAGAGGGUGCUGCGGUUCCAAAGAAGAAGGACUCUUGCAGAGUGACCUGUGUGAAAACUGGUGCUCCCUGUCCUAAAAGUCACAGACAAUAUGGCCCCAGAUGACUGACUGUACUGACUCCUUCUGCGUCUCCGUCCUUCUCACCAUUAAGACUCUUCUGCACACAUUCACACAGCAGAUAAAAAAUUACAUUUAUUAAGAGAUUGUAGCAACAUGGAAAAUAUUUAUGUUACAAGUUUCACGAGGAAAAUUGUGGAAGUACGUACGGCUUCAGAAAUGAUGAAACAGACCAACGUUGGCCAACAUGCUAAAAGUGGUUGUUUCAGGGUGAUGGAAUUCAUUAUUGGUGCUUUCCAUUUUCCUUCUUUAUUUUUCUGUAGAGAUCGUGUAUUCCUUUUAUAAUAAAAUACUAUGAAAAAAACAACAUUCCCUUGCCCUGUUAAAGGCUGUAUUGGUUGGAGUGUAGACUCAUCUAUUUCUUUUGAGCAGUAAAAAUCUUGGGAAGGUAGUGAUGGGUAGGAGGUGGAGGAGAGGGAAGGUUUGGAGUGUAGGGUGAG